AGUCGGACAACUACCAGAAAGCGCAACGUUGACGACUCUGAAUGAGGUUGUUAAAAAAAAAACGAAAACAAAUAAAACAGUUAAUCUUGGUGGAUGGCGAUGUGGGUUGCCCGGCGAGCUCUUUCGUCGGUCAUUCAAACAGGACGCUGUGCGGGUCGUUCUGGUUUGUUCAGACGUCCUCGGCGGUCUUUCCCCGAACUGGAGCUCCGCUAUCUUCAGUGCACAUGUUGCUGGAGGAGCCGCGUCCCCGUGGCGGGGUUUGAGACCCUGAACACCGCCCUGUUCCCCUCCUCAUCUCCGGCUUUCUCGCCGUGCUCGGACGACGGCACGUCCCUGGACGCCUACUACACGCUGGAGCAGCGGGCCGCCAUCCUCCAGCUGCUCAACCACGCCACGGAGAAGGAGCUCGCCGGCGUCAAACUCCUGCGGGGCCGCAAGUCUGUUAACAUUGUGGAUUACAGGAGCAAAAACGGACCCUUCGAAACUCUCGAAAGCGUGGUCAAGGUGCCCCGGCUGAAACACAAAAGCGCCGUCAUAGUCUUCAACGCGAUUCUCAAUCCGCCCAAGAAACGGAAGAGGGUGAAAAUUCAGUUUGCUAAGUUUAUCAGGCCGGUGAUUGACAGAUCCUGGCUGGAGGAAGCCACUUCCAUAGUCUCAAUAGUAUGUGGGACUAAUUCAAUUGCCUGGGCACAUGUCAGCCGUGAGAUGACCGUGUUAGAUUGGCAAGAGCUGCAGUGUCCACAUUUCCUGAAAGGAAAGUACCAAGCCUCUGGUUACUUGAGUGACAUCACCUCAGUAUUGUCGGUCAUGCCUUCAGCUGACUUCUACAUUGUGGAGAAGACCACCUUAUCCUUCCAGAACACUUCUCUGUUUCCUGUCUUCGCCCACCUGCGGACAGUGGAGGCCAUGCUGUUUGCCUUACUGGAGCCCAGAUACCCUCAACCAGACUGCAACACCCCUCCCAGAGUUCUGAACAUGAUGCGUCUGGCUGUGGGGCGGCACUUUGGACUGAUUGUGGGCGAGUCACGGACCAGUGGGGCAGAGACAGUGCGUCAGAUGAUGACGGAGUCAGUCACACAGAAUCUGCCCCGGUUAAAAUUCCCCCAAGGGCUGCUGGUUAAAUACAGAAGUGCUUUCCAGAUGGGCAAAGGAAAAGGAGGCGAGGAACUGUGCGAUGCCCUGCUCCAGGGUGUAGCCUUUUACGAACUGCUAUGUGACACUUCUAGUUAGCCUGAGCAUGGAUUUGAUUUAUGUUCCUGUACACAGCCAGCGACUGGACAACCACACUUAUGCUUUUGAGUCAGCUGCUUGGCGAUUUUUAUGAUUUUUGUCACUCUGUACAUACUGAAAAGCCUCCCCAGGCCUGUCCAUGAACAAGAUUCAGUGCUUAAAGUGACAUUGAAUUAGUGAAUGAGAUUUAAUGCACUUUAUCACAAAGCACUAGUGAGUUGUUCAUGGAUGCUACUGACGGUGGGGAGGAAUUCAUUCAAAAUAAAAACUUAUCUUGGAGCGGUGAUGGUAAAUUAAUUGUACAGUGUAAUUGUUAUGAAAACACUUUGCAUUUAUAGCUAUUCUGUGGUUACAGAGAACGAGGAUUCUUUGUUGUUUGGUUUUGGUUCCAUAUAAGGAUGAUAUUAGAAAAUUAUCCUAGAAGUAAUAGUUGGCCCUCUCCAGUCUUGAGCAAGGUCUUUUCCCCCCUCACUUGUGUGAAUAAAAAGCUCUGGAUUACGAAAGUGA